CAUGGUCAUAUGUUAUAAAAGAACGCUUUUAAAAGCAGUUGAUAUCGAUAACAUUUUCAUUGUGUAGAAUAGAAUUGUGUUAAUACUAUCUACAUGGUCAAUAAUUGUGUACAAAUCUAUGCUUUAAACGGAAUAUUGUUGACUAUAUUUUCCGUAUUUUAUAACAAUUUAUAAAUAGAAAAAGAUAUUUGGGUCAAUGCAAAUGAUGUUGAUUGCGAAAUCAAAGGUUUAAUAUAUAGUACAAAAAACUUUCGAACCGGAACAUUCGAAAAAAUGGCGUCAUAUACGGUAACUGCGUUGGGAAUUUUGUGCACGUUUGGACUAGUAUCGUGUCAAUUUGUUUCUUUAGGGAGCUGCCCCGAAGUCAAGUUGCAGGAAAACUUUGACCUUGAUAGAUACUUAGGAAAAUGGUAUGAAAACCGCCGCUAUGCAAACUGGUUCUCGUUGUUCUCAAACUGUGUUACGGCUGAGUACACAAAGCUGUCAGAAACCAGCGUAAAAGUAAACAAUACUGGAUGGCUGUAUUUGUCUAAUGAAUCUGACACAGCCAUUGGAAAUGCUAUUGUGCAAGAGGGGGCAAAGCUUGGAGUCCGAUUUUCCGAGUUUUCACCAUAUGGCAACUAUUGGGUCCUAUCAACAGAUUACACUUCUCACUCUAUAGUAUGGUCCUGUGAGGAGUCGCCAAAGGGAGCAAUACAGUUCAAUUCACAAUUACUGUGGAUUUUGUCUAGAUCACCGGAGGGUUUGUCAGAGACAGAGCUGGACAGAUUAUUUGACAUUCUUCAUGGGUACGGCAUCAAUACAGACAUACGCAAACUGAAGCCGACGAAACAGACCAACUGCUUUGGAAGAAGCAUCAAUAUGUAAAACAUGAAUCAAGUUAAUGAAACAUUUUAAAUGCAGCAUGUCUUUGAACAUUUCAGUUCUAUCAAGUUUGUAAAACAUAAGAGUUAGAACAAUUUAAGCAACUAUUAAUGAUGAAACAAGUGUGUGAAUAUUCUUUCAAAAUACUAGUACUUACAUCGACAUAUGAUUACAUUAAAAUUGUGAGUUAUUUGAAAUAGAUCAUUUUAGGAUUUUUAACAUUUGACAAUAAGUAACAGUUGAAUUUUAAACUUUUUAAGUAACAUUUUGUUAUGAAAUAUUCAGACUGUAGCAAGUCUGUGAACAUUUGAAAUUAAACUUUUAAGGUGCUGUCCUAAAAUCAUGCUGGAGCAUAUUAUGGCAAAAUAUCAUAACUAACCAUUUGAUCAUUUCGACUCAGUGUGUGCCAACAGGUACCAGCUGAUACAUGUAUCAUGCAAACAGUUAGAUCAGUCAGUUUGUAUGUUUACUGUAGAGCUCGCAGCAAAACAGUUGAAAAUGAUGCACCAAAAUACAUGUUAGAUACAUUUACCGUGCAUUUUUCCCAUUUCUGGAAGAAAUAAUAUUAGUUUCGUUUCAAAAAUUAAACACAUAGUACCAUAAUAUUUGAAUCUGACAUUUUCCUGUAUAUAGAUAUACUAUUUGUUUCUUUCAAUUGUAUUUUUGCUACACAUCUACUGUUGUUAAUAUUUUUCUACGUGCAAUUCAGAGUCUUCCUAUAAUAAAAGUCGCUUACAA